AUGGAAGGAUAUGAUACAAUCCUCACUGGAUCACUCCACGCAUACCCGACCUACGCCCGCCGCUUUGGCACUGUCGAUGCAAGCACUGGUCUUUACCAGAACUCCGCUGGGUGGCAGAGUGCCAUGAGCAGCGGCACUCAGGCUGGGUUAUUAUUGAGGCUCUGUGCUUUGGAUUUAGACCAGCUUUUGCUUUUGGCAUCGUCGCAGUUGGCCAGAUUAUGUGUGGGUAAUUCCUCACCAAUGUUAUUUGAUGUGUGCCUCUCAAAGACGGAGAUACUAGGAUCACUCCAUACCCUGAGGCCUUUUCGCUACGAUUGUCCCUGUAUAUGCCUCAGAGCUACACCCUUACCACUGCGAGGUUACCUGACAGCCUACACAAACUUCUGCUUCGCGGGGAGCAAGUUCAUCGGCGCCGGUGUACUGCAAAGCUUCAUCGGUCGUCAAGACCAUGAGGCGUGGCGCUACCCCUUUGCCCUACAAUGGAUCUGGAUUCCUAUCCUGGCAAUUGAUGCCUUCUUUAUGCCCGAGUCGCCAUGGUAUCUCGUCCGCAAGAGCAGAUAUGCCCAAGCCGAGAAAAACGUUCUUCGACUAAUGACAGAGCACGAAAGGCCACACGCCAACUUCAAUGGCGUUGAUCUGCGCCGCACUGAGAUCGCCAUCGUCACAUUUCUAGGUCAAAUUACCUGCGGGGCCCAGUUCGCAUUCUCUGCCACUUACUUCUUCCAACAAACUGGACUCAUUCCAGAUGAUUCCUGUAAGCUGAAUCUCGGUAUGUACUUUGGAUAUUCUGGCUUCUUACCUUCUCACUCAACGUCGGACCUGUCGGUUGGACCAUUCCAGCCGAGGUCUUGUCCCCCCGCCUACGCUCCAAGACUGUGGUCCUGGCUCGGAACGGUUAACUACUAUGUUGCUCAGGUUCUUGCCAAUGUCAUCCAGCCUUAUAUGAUUAAUUCUCUUGCAUGGAAUUGGAAACGAAAAGCGGGUUCCUUUCGGUGUGUUUUUGCUUCUCUGACUGUUGCGUGGGCCUUCUUCCGUCUGCCGGAAACCAAAGACCGUUCUUACGAGGAGCUUGAUCUGAUGUUCAUGGUCAAGGUGCUUACGUGCGAGUCGAAAAAUUUAUCACGUGAAUCCCUAUGA